CAAUGACCGAAACCAAAAAGACAAAAGUCCUGCUAUAUGGACUCGGCGCCCGCGAUCCCAACGUAGAGCUCAGUGUGGUCGCCAGAUCAAAUUUAGAGGCCGUCAAGAAGAAUGUAGGCCCGAUGAUCGUCCAUGCAGCUGGAUCAGGUUGCCCACAUAAGAUUGCGAUCAAGUACGACUACAUCGUCUGCGCUCACAAAGCGAUAGCCCCCGGCUUGGAUCCAAAUGAUUUUCGAUCUGUAGCUAACAUGGACACGACAUUCGUGAUUUUGCAAAACGGAGUUGGCAAUGAAGAGCCUUUCCGACAGUCGUUUCCUUAUUCAACAAUCAUUAGCUGUGUGGAUCAGUCGUUGAUGGAACGAACAGNNAUAUGGGUUGGCGCUACCCAAGAUUCACCCGGUGUGAUACGACAUACGGCUUCGGAACACACCGAUAUCGGUCUGUAUCCUAAUCCAGAAGUCGACGCUGCCUUGGAGAAAGACAGGUUGGACGGGUUCGCAGCUAUGUUGAGAGCGGGCGAGACAUCAUACACAAUAUCAGACGAUAUCCAGGUCAAGCGCUGGGAAAAGGUGGUUUGGAAUGUGGGUAACACCCUGUACUCGAAUCUAAGCGUGUCAAUCACAAAACGCUUGAUGCGAGAAGUGAUCAGUGUGGCGAGAAGAGCCGGAGUCGCCUUGGACUACGGACUUGUAGACAUCUUGAUGGAGAGGAUACAAAGCAUGCCAGGAAUAGAGAGUAGUAUGCAGGUUGACGCGAGAGAGGGUAGGAGGUUAGAAGUGGAUGUGAUCCUCGGAACACCGAUGAGGAUGGCGAGAGAGCUUGGUAUGGAUGUGCCAACGCUGGCGACGGUCUAUGCAUUGACUGUCGCAGUGGAUUUGAGGAUCAAGCAGGGACCGAGUGGUUCGGAU